GGCAGAACGCGCUGGCUCAGUGUGGCGGUGUCACACAGCCUCGCACUGCAGAGACGAGAAAGAGACUCGAACACCGCCGAGGAAGAUGUCAGUUUUGCCACGCGGCGGGGGACGCACGCAUCCACGUCACGGCGCGGUCACGACACGUCCACAGCCUUCGCUUUUAGUCUUGUUCGCCACUUCAAUGUGGUGGUGAAAUCCUUGCUGGGGCUCCAUCCCUGUCCCCUCCUCCUCUUCCUCCGCUUCCUCCUCUUCGUCCUCGUUUUAGCCGUCCCGUCACCAGCAUGGACAACACGCCGAGCAGUCCACAUCACGGAACCACCCGAAGCAACUCUUCGUCUUCUUCAGACCGAAGCAACUCGUCGAAAAAGCCCGGCGGGCGGACGGGUUCGCCAAGCCCCGGCUCCGGCCCCCAGUGCGGCCCCUCGGCGGCAGGAGGCGGCCGGGGGGCUUUCCUGGGGAACAGCACCAGUUCGCAGCAGCAGCUGGGUCGCAGGCGACAAUUGGAGGGAGUUCUCAGCAAAUACACCAACCUUAUUCAAGGCUGGCAGAACAGGUACUUUGUGUUAGAUCCAGAUUUAGGCCUGCUGCUGUACUAUGUCAACGAGCAGGGAAGGAGCCAGAAGCCCCGAGGGUCCCUCCCCUUGAUCGGCGCCACGGUGACUCAAAGUGAUGAGGCACCGCAUAUGUUCAUUGUCAACUCUGUCAAUGGAGAGCUGUAUAAACUCAGAGCCUCUGAUGCCAAAGAGCAGCAGUAUUGGGUGAACCAGCUCCAAGCAUGUGCCAGGCGACAUUCUGACUGCAGUGCCAAGGUAAGGAAGUUGAAGGGCUCGGAUGAACACCUGAGUGCAGAAGAAGCAGGGGGAGAACAAGAUGUGCUGGGCUCCUCAUCCUGUGGUCGCAACCGUAGCUUCUCCCUCCUCCCACACCUUACGCCAUCUUCAUCACCAGCUACUCCGAGGCAACUGGCCCCCACGUCUGCGCCCGGCAACAUCGUCACAAUCACCCACCACAAGUCACCGGCUGCGGCGCGACGGGCCAAGAGUCAAUACCCAGGACGGCUGCUGGAGGUCAAAGAGAUGAUGUCCCAAGCCGAGGGUCAGCAAAAGAACCUCGUCCAGUCCAUUGACUCGUUGCCCACCAAAGGCCCCAUCUCCUGUCUGGACCAGGAUUUGCUGCUGCUCAAAGCCACAUCGGCCGCCACGCUCAGCUGCCUGGGAGAGUGCCUGAACAUCCUCCAACAGAGCCAUAGCCAGGUGCCGCCUCCGUCUCAGGCUACUCAACGCAACCACACUGUCCAUGGAGCCCCCACGGAUGGCGCUCCUGUGUGGACGGUACCAAAGUCACCCUCAGGGCAGCAUCUGAAAAACGGCGGCCUGACUCCUCUUCGCUCCGCCGAGGCCUCGCCAGCCCUCAGGGAAAGGAGCCCGUCACACGCUGCCCAGCACCAGGCAGGGCUGGCAGACAUCAGCCAAAGCGAGGAAGUGACGGACACGGAGGACAACGAGGAGGAGGACCUGGGCGUCCUGGAUGACCAGAGGAGCGUCAUUCUCCACUUGCUCUCCCAGCUCAAACUGGGAAUGGACCUCACCCGGGUGGUGCUGCCUACUUUUAUCCUGGAAAAGCGCUCACUGCUGGAGAUGUACGCCAACUUCAUGGCCCAUCCGGACUUGUUCCUGUCAAUCACAGCUGGAGUUACAGCCGAGGACCGCAUAGUCCGCUUCGUGGAGUACUACCUGACCUCCUUCACCGAGGGGCGAAAGGGGGCUGUUGCCAAGAAGCCCUACAACCCCAUUCUGGGGGAGACCUUCCACUGCUCUUGGGAAGUGCCUCGGGACAAAGUCAAGCCUUCGGUCAGAGCGAACCAGGGGUCUGCCCGGGAAUCGGGCGGGGGCCCCAACAACGCGCGGCAAGGUGACGACGCACCGGGAGGCCGCUGCAGAGUCCGCUUUGUGGCCGAGCAGGUGUCCCAUCAUCCGCCGGUUUCAGCGUUUUACUGCGAGUGCAGAGAGAGGCGGCUGUGCGUCAACGCGCACGUCUGGACCAAGAGCAAAUUCAUGGGCAUGUCUAUAGGAGUGUCCAUGGUUGGAGAAGGGGUGCUGUGUCUCGUGGAGCAUGAGGAGGAGUACGUCUUCUCGCUGCCCUCCGCCUACGCCCGCUCCAUCCUCACCGUGCCCUGGGUGGAACUGGGAGGAAAAGUCUCCAUCAACUGUGCCAAGAGCGGCUACUCGGCCACUGUCACUUUCCACACGAAACCGUUCUAUGGCGGCAAAGUGCACAGAGUGACUGCAGAGGUCAAACACACUCCGACCAACACCAUCGUGUGUAAAGCGCAGGGUGAGUGGAACGGAACCCUGGAGUUCACCUACAGCAGCGGGGAAACCAAAGUGAUCGACACAGCCAAGCUCGCCGUAACCAGGAAGAAGCUGCGCCCGCUAGAGAAGCAAGGAUGCACCGAGUCCAGGCGGUUAUGGCAACAUGUGACCAAGUCGCUGAAAGACUGCAACAUGGACGAGGCGACGGAGCACAAACACGGCCUUGAAGAGCACCAGAGGGUGGACGAGAGACGAAGAGUAGCUGAUAACAAAGCCUGGACACCCAAAUACUUCACUAAGGAGGGAGACGGGUGGAUGUACAACAAUCCUCUGCGGAAGUCCGCCUCACAGUAAGUCCUCGCAUCGCUUCUCGUGGCCACGGGUGGGAGGUCACUCACGGGUAGCGGCUGCUUCUUGAAACUCGAAAGCCCAACUAUUGACUCAACUAUGUCGCCAUGGAGACACGGACAGGAAACUAGCAACAGUGCCAAAGGGACUCUCCACGUGUAACGAAGGACAACAGCAUUUUGUAUCGAGUUGAUAUAGGAUUCUUUUCCUUCAAUUUUUCACCUGUGCCGGGGCCUUUUUGCACACUCACACAAAGAACUCGUCAGCGGUGUUUUUACAUCCAAUACAAUGUUUUCUCACAUUAACACUAAAGUUGUUUGUAAGACACUUUUACCAUUGUGUAGAUAUCUGCACCACUUUUGUAAGGUAUGGCUCUAUCUGCCAAUCAGGGUAGUCAUCUAGCAGCAUCGAUCAUCACAAACCAUUUUAAAUAUCAUCGCCGAUAUAAAUGUACUACAUUAAAUGACUAUAUAAAGUACAAGGUCAAGUUUUUAGACAGUACAUUGGCUUUAAUCCUAAAAGCAGCCUUGAUUGUUUUGUCUGCACUUUGAAUGUAUCCAGACACAUUUUCUAUAAUUUCCCCAUUUUACAUUGUAUUAUUUGUAGUCUCGGCCCAUAAAGGCUUCCCUCUCCUCUC